AUGAGGCACAAAAUCCCCACCAAAGACCCUCAGAUGCUCCAGCCAAAAAUCCAUCAUUACAUUCAAGUCCCUCCUUCGGAGGCUCGCGCUUCGCGCGAGGGGCGUUUCACGCCAGCCCAGGUCACCAGGCCCUCCGAUCGAGGGACUUGUGUUAAGUUAGACACAGUCGAGACAGGGGAUACCAAUCCAUUCCCACCACAUCCUCACCCGACUGGUCCGACUGCCCCCACCCGAAGGAAACAUCAACCCGGCCCAGCCACCAACAACCAAGGCCAACCCUCAAUGGAUCCCCGCGAGCACACAUCCGGCAACCUACUCAGCGCGGACGGCCUCGGUCUACAUUCCUAUGAUCCUCUCACGAACUCAACCUACAGCUCACUCGGCCAGGAUGACCGCAUGCACCACCACGGCCUCCACGCCAGCCAGACGAACAUCGAGGUCAGCGGUGGUCAUUAUGGGACCCCCUCUCAAGCCAUCGGCUCAUUGACCGGCGUUCAUCGGGUCGGGGGGGCUAUUCCGUCUGGGCAGCUGUCCUAUACGAGGACUGCGGUGCCUGCGACUCCACCAUCAGGUAUCUUGACUAUGUCGGCUCCAGCUCGAAUCGAUCCCAUCUCAUCUUCCGCGGCCAGCGCACGUUUGAAAUCUUCUUCGACCCGCAAGCAGAACCGGACUCGCGCGGAGAUCGAUGCUGCCAAAGCGGUCACUGCUGCUAAGAAGGCCGAGAAGAUCCAGAGGGCGGCGCAGAGGCUGGAAGCUCAGAGGCAGAAACAGGCCGCGAAGGAGGCCCGUGCGGCAUUGAAGGUAACGGACACGGGGACUCCGACCCCUAGGUUUGUUUGGUCUGAAGAUGCCUUGUUGGAACUUCUGCGUUUCGUGAAGGAGGUCAAGGAGGAACACGACGAUCUCAGCGAGCGGACUCCCGGAUUCAUAGCCUGGUCUCCCUACUUCCUGAACCGUGAGGCCGAUCGGGAUCUCUUCCCUCUACUGAUUGGCAUUGCGAAUGAUGUCAUCCUUCGCCGCUACCGGGCUUUGAUGAACGUCUGGAAGGUUGUUUUCGACAGGCUAUCUCAUUCGGGUAGCGACGGACUACAUGACGUAUUGGCAAAAGAGCAUCUGUCGGAAACGCUUUACAAUUUUAUGAAUGCAAUGCACGGAGACAACGCCGCAGCCAAUGCCUAUGGGCAUAUUGAACUGGACGAUGACCUGGGGGCCCUCGUGGAUGACGUCGGACCUGAGGAGACCGUCGAUGGUCAAGCGUCGGUCAUGACGAAUACGGUCCUGGAGGACGCGCAACUGGUGCGAGAUCGUCGCGGGGAGGCAGGUUUGACGGCUGCCGAGUUGGCGUUGGACGACUCUGAUAACGAUGUGACGGGGCAAGAUUCACCCUUGGCAACCAUAGAUGGCGGCCGACCGCCUGCAUCGUCGCUGUUUGAUGGGAUCCCCAGGGGGCCGACGUUACCAGCCCCAAUGACCCGGCCACAGGCCACCCCGGCCCCACCAUCAAUUGAGGCGCCGGUGGGCCCGGGAGUGGUGAUAACGAAGCCGCCGCCUGCCACCCCCCACCCUUCCCGCCGACGCGGCCGGACCGAAGUUGCCAAACCCGACGAUUCAUCUACUCAGGCGCUGUUGCAGAUGUUUCAGCAGUCCCAAGAUCGCCAGGAGGCCGCUCGAGUUGAGGAUCGCCGGUUGGCGGACGUGCGGGCCAAUGAGAAGGAGUCGGCGCGGGCGGCCGCUGCCACCCAGGCGGCCGCUGCCACCCAGGCGGCCCAUGAUCGCUCAAUCAGGGAUGGUCAACUCAAGCUGGACCGCGACGUGGCCGAGAAAAGGAAUCAGGCCCUGGAUGAGGAGCGUCGGGUGCGUGACGAGGAUCGGAAGGAAGAGAAGCGACAGGCACUGGAAUGGCGGCAAGAAGAGGGUCGGAGAUACGAGGCUAGUCAGAAGCUUUUGGCCGAGGAGCGGAAGGUUCAAGAUACCGCUCGUCGGGAGCAGGAAAGGGCCAGCCAGUUGUUCCAGGCCGCCAUGAUGCGAAUGCUGGGGGUUCAGGACCUCCUCCCGACCGCUGGCAAAUCCUAG